UUUCUUAUCGAUAAAACCGCGGUCGCAGAGAAAAGAAGAAAACUCGCUUUGAAGUAAAUAAAUCCUAGGUAACUAAAUCUUGCUGCCAGGCGGAAACCAUAGGAAAGCUGUUGCUAUUACCCUCCACCUGCCGCCCCCACAAGCCCGCACAGACGCGUCAUCGAGCCAGCCCAGCGAACACAAAACAACAGCAGCAGAGCAGCAGCAGAAGCAGUAGCAGCAGACAUGUCCCAGGCCUUGAACAAUCCAACGGGCGGAGCCCCGCACCGCGAUUACGGUGCCACUGGUGAGAGUAUCACGCCCGAAGUGAGCUUCGCUGCGCCCGGUGGCUCCUCCGGCUUCAGUCCCACAGAGUUCAUGUCCCUCAGCGAGGACAUCGGACACAACAUCACGGCUGUCCUCUUCAGCACCAAGCAGCUGGAGAAGCAGCUGAAGCUGAUUGGCACGCCCAAAGAUCUGCCGUCGCUGCGGGACAAAGUGCACAGCAUCAACACAAAGACCAAUGGCAGAAUUCAGACCAUCACCGUGGACCUGCAGCGCCUGCAAGCCGUCGUUCGGAACGGCGAUCGCCAGCAGAAACUCCAGCUGGAGAAGCUGACGCGCGAGUUCCACAAUGUGGUCGAGAAAUACUCCAACUUGCAGCGCAGCAUCUCGGCCGCUAUGCGACAGAGCUAUCAGCAGGCCCUGGGCUCCGAGCACGAGUCGGAGGUGUCUGCGCGGGCCGAGCUGCUGCAGCAGCAGCGCCAGGAGCAGGCUGGCCUGCAGCAGGAGCACGACUUGCUGGUGGAGCGCCAGCGUCAGGUGGAGCAAAUCGAGUCUGAUAUCAUCGACGUGAACCAGAUAUUCACCAAGCUGAGUGGACUGGUGCACGAGCAGGGAGAACAGAUGGAUUUCAUUGAGAACAGUAUUGAGCAGACCGCCACCAAUGUGGAGGAUGGACAUUCGGAGUUGGCCAAGGCGGCUAGAAGUCGCCAGAGCUAUCGUCGCAAGAUUCUGAUCCUCUUAGUGAUUGCUGUGAUAAUAGGUUUAAUCGUAACUGGCAUUAUUGUUGCCAAAUUGAACAGUUAAUUGUUUUAUUUAUAUCGUACACAAACAAACACACACCCAAAAAACACACACACACACACGCAUACGAAUGCAUAUAUGAGUAUAAUUAAUGAUUUUUGUAAAACAAUUUAUAUAAAAACACAAAACAAAAACAAAAAUUGAAACGUUAAAAACUCUGUUUAAUCACCAAGUGAGCAAAGACAACAAAAUAACAAGAAAACAAACGAGAGAACUAAACGGAAAUACAAUAUUUAUAAAUAUAAUAUACACACAUACACAAACAAACAAACAAACACACACAUGGAUAAUGAAAAUCCCAUUUAACUGGCAUAUGUAAACCAAUUAUUCAGCGCUUUUAAAUGUUACUCAUUUCUUGUUGAACAAAAA